UCAGCUCCUCUACAUGACAUCGGGGUUUCAGUUCCCACUGUGGGAAAUACAUAACCCCAUAAAUAACCAGAGAGCAGCCUGCCCUGCUCACCCCGCUCCCGUCCGCCGCAGCUCCGUGAGGACGGUCGCCCCCGCGUCGGAGGGGCGGUAGCUGCAGCUUUUCUCCCUUUUGUCGUCACGGCAGCGUUUUUCCAGUCAGUGCCUGAGUGCCCGCCGGUCGGACCACCGACUCUGGGAAGCCCACACUAAAUAUAAAACAACCUCAUCUGCAUAUAACGCUUUUUUUUAACGAAGAUGGCCACGGAUAACUUUGAGAUGAACGGUGAUGCUGACCGAAACGGCGAAACGGAGGUCCCGCUGCGAGGCCCCUGGAGGAGGGAACAGGGACCUCUGAACAUGAACCAUUAUGCCAAUAAGAAGAGUGCAGCAGAGAGCAUGCUGGAUGUGGCUCUGCUGAUGGCGAAUGCCUCACAGCUGAAGGCCGUGCUGGAACAAGGACCGGACUUCUCCUUCUACGUGCCCCUCAUCGCUCUCAUCAGCAUCUCGCUCGUUCUACAGAUUUUAGUGGGAGUUCUGCUCAUCUUCAUCGUUAAGUGGAACCUGAAUGAUGAGAGGAUGCACUACAAGCUGAACAUCAUGGAAAAUUUCGCCACAGCCUUCGUCUUUAUCAUAGUCGUGGUCAACGUCUUCAUCACCGCCUUUGGUGUUCAGCGGCCGAACCUGCGGGGCUGACCACCCUCAAAGUGACUCUCCAUGCCUGCUGAUCAACUUAGUGAAGAUGGACCUCCACAAUAUUUAUGCAAAUGAACGUGGUAUUUAUUCAGCAAACCAAAUGACAUGCAGGUGCACCUGCCUUUCUGUAAUCCAAACCCCGAGGCAUGAGGAGACCUGACAUUUCCUAAGGGUUAAGGUAUUUGUGUGUGUGUGUGUGUGUGUGUGUGUGUGUGUGUGUGUGUGUGGGUGUGUGUGUGGGUGUGUGUGUGUGUUAGAGGAAUCCCCCUCUUCUCCAAACUUGUGGACAAAUGUGUGGUCACUUUUUAUUUCAUGGCGCAAUUCACCAUUUUGUUACCUCUUUUCAUGCUCAGGUUUCUGAUGCAAAUACAUUAUUGCCUUUACUUACAAAUCAAACGUAUCAGGAGCAACACACUGCAUGUCAGUCAUAACGAUUGUGAAUGUUUCCUGAAAAAAAGGUAUUCUAGUACUGUUAUCUUCAAAUAAGUCAGUAUCUGUCAGUCUGAACCUGAUGUAACCGACAUCUUAAGAAGACAAAAUAAAUAGAAAAUGUAGUCACCACAGCAAAAUCCAAAUGAUAUCUUUAAAGGGUUGUUGUGGAUGUUUUGAAGUGGGAUUGUAUGGAUUUGAGAUUUCAGUCAGCACAGGUUAUAGUCUGACAUUAAAGCUAAGCAGUAUUUUAGUAUUAGUAUUUUAGCCACCUUAAAAAAAGGUCCACAUACAAAAAAAAGCUUUAAGUGUACAUUAUAUUGAGUGUUAUCAUCGCUAUGACCUGUUUAUAUGUUGGUUUUACUCACUCUUUGUUAUGACGUUGUCUCCUGUGUCUGGUGUGCCAAAGACACAUUUCUACCCUGGUGGACAAUAAAGAUCUUACUUACGAUUAACCCUUUGAAACCUGAGCAAAUUGGCUUGAUUUCUUCAAAAAUGU